GCGAGCCUGCCGCAUCUCGCUGGGCUGCUCGCCACCCGCGACAUAGACACAAACACCCGGCACAGGCCAGGAACGCGCUUGUCCUCUGCCACGCCCGCCCCAACGCGCUCCACCACACUCGACGCGACCCCGACUCGCUGCCCCCAGCAGCCGCUGCGACUGCCACCACCCGUUCAACCCAUGUGCUAGGCCUCACGCUUCCCCCGGACUGCGACAGUGGCUUAUUUUGCCUCAAAGGUGGCCUCUGCCGUCAACUUCGCCAUGGCGGAGCUUCUGGGCCAGGGCGCACCCAGCACCAACGCCGACGUCGACGACAUUGAUGCCGACGGCGAGUAUGAGAUGGAUGAUAUAGAGUACGACCAGCCCCCCGUCACCCCGGCUGUGCCCGGCAUCCAGCUCCAUGAUACCGACGCCGAGGGCUCCGACGUGGAUGCCGAGGGCGACGAGGUCGACGACGACGAAGACGAUGCCGAGCCCGUGGGCGACGUCAAGAUAGCGCGUCGGGCGCCUGUUUCCGACGACGACGAGGAAGACGACUACGACGCCGUCAAGGAGUCGUCAGACGCCAAGUCGAGCGACAGCGACGACUCCACCAACGCCGACUCGGAAGACGAAAACCAAUGGCAGGCGAGUGAUGAUGGUGAGGAGGAAGACGAGCUCGUCAAGUCGUCCAACCCCAAUGUGUGCAUAUACUGCAAACAAGACGAGGACAAUGACCCCAGCCCAGAGUUUGAAGAGUAUCUCUCGUGCGCCGUGUGCGGAGACAAUGCACAUCGGCAAUGCGCCCGUGGCGCUAACACGCUUAGUCCCGAUGACGAUGCAAAGCGUUGGCGCUGCGAUGACUGUCUUGACAACUUUCCCACAGAAGAGGAGGAGGAGGAGCAGCCGCAGCCGUCUGCUCGUCGUAGGCAUUCCUCCAACAAGCUGACCAAAGAGCUGCUUCCUUCGCUGCGCGGCGUCGACCCAGCAGGCCAUUCCAUUUUCAAGGACCUGAUUCUUCCAGAUGAACAGCCAGAUGGGCUCCGUUCGCUGCGCAAGCGCAAGACUUCGCACGGCGACGAGGCGCCUGCACUGGUACCGUCCAGGCAAACCAGGAAAAAGCGGAGACCCUCGGAGGCUACCCAUUCAGAUGCAGCCCCAUCGUUGCCUGCCUCGCCCCGGCCACCAUCGAGAAGCGUUCGAAGUGCUCGCAGCGCCAUUGGUGAUGGUCACGAAAGCGGCGCCGAUACAGAGCACACUGGAUCAGACCGCGAAACCACCCGUCUUCGCCCAGCGCGUGCGCGGCGUGGGCAGCCAAAGAGAAAUGACAAAAGACCGCUCGCUUGGAUUGAAGAGGCGCAGGGUCUUAGCCUGAUUAUUGCGUUUCAUCUCAACAACGAAAAGGUCCAGAAGAUUGUCACCUCCAAGCCCAAGAAAAAGGCCCCUACCAUUGAGCAGGAGCGGCAGGAGAGGCGGCGCGAGCGAGAUCGAGAGCGGCGCGAGAGGAAUCGCCGUGCGGCACAGGCGGCGCGAGAGUCGCCAGACAUCCCGCACUACCCAGCCAUAUAUUCCCAGUACCCCACGCCCUUUGCAGGCUUCAUGGACAAGGAGCAGGAUGAGUCGAAAAGCAAGCCAUAUGGUGGUAUCCUGUCCGAGGCUGACGCAGACACGUCCAAGACGUAUCCUACGCAGGCCGACAGGAAGCGCUUCGACGACGCUCGCAUCAAGGCCGAGGAGGACUGGAAGGCAAAGCAGGCUGCCCUGUAUCCCCCCGAGCCGGUGCGGUCCCACAAGCAAGCAGCCACUGCAAGCAAGAUCAAGUGUGUCAACUUUGGCGGCUGGGAAAUCGACACUUGGCACGCUGCGCCAUAUCCAGAAGAGUAUAGCAAGAACAGGGUGCUUUACAUUUGCGAGUUUUGUCUCAAGUACAUGAACUCGGAUUACGUUGCGUGGCGGCACAAGCUCAAAUGCCCCGCAAAACACCCUCCUGGCGAUGAGAUUUACCGCGAUGGCAAGUACUCCUUCUUCGAGGUGGACGGCAGGAAGAAUCCCGUCUACUGCCAGAACCUCUGUCUUCUUGCCAAGCUCUUCCUCGGCUCCAAAACGCUCUACUACGACGUCGAGCCGUUUCUGUUCUACGUCAUGACCGAGAACGACCAGUUUGGAUGCCAUUUUGUCGGCUACUUUUCCAAGGAGAAGCGGCCGAGCUCACUCAACAACGUCUCGUGUAUUCUCGUGCUGCCCAUACACCAACGCAAAGGCUACGGGCAGUAUCUGAUUGAGUUUUCCUACCUGCUGACGCGUGUCGAGCGGAAGACGGGCAGUCCUGAGAAGCCGCUGAGUGAUAUGGGUCUGGUGAGUUAUCGCAAGUACUGGCGACUUGUCUUGUGUGAGGAGCUGUUAGAGCAAAAGGCGCCAAUCAGCAUAUCCGCCAUAUCAGACCGCACGGGCAUGACUGCAGACGACAUAAUAUCCGCUCUCGAAGGUUUGCGUGCUCUGGUACGCGAUCCUGUUACAAAAAAGUAUGCGCUGCGGCUGGAUCUCGACUACUUCAAAUCUUAUCUCGAAAAGUGUAACGCGGCCGGCAAUCCCAAGAUCAACGCCGAGUGUCUGGUCUGGACGCCCUAUGUCAUGGGCCGACUGGGUCAGUAUGAAGACGGCCCAGCUCUGCAGACUGUUCAACAACGAGACGAAGGCGACGAGCAGCCCGAGGAGGGUGUGCAGAUGGAAGCGGCAAAGGCCAAUGGUGAAGCCGAUCCGUUUACUCCUGCCCCGACUCUCGCACUGGCCGCCGAAGAUUCAGUCAAUGGUUCGCCCGCCCCCGGAACACCCCUUGCCAAUGGCUCCACCAUAGCCCUAGCAGGAUCGCACAUGGAGGAGCCCGCCAUUCCCCCGACGCGCUACGAAAUCUUCCCCCCGAUCCCCGGCCAGCCCGCCCAGAAGCGCCGCCCAGGCCGACCAUUUGGCUCGCGGCGGCGCACAAGCACACCCAACCGUAUGCGCAACUCGCCCAUGACGAUUCACACCGCGCCUGUAUCAAAAAUCCAGCUCUCCCCAAGCCGAAACGCAAAGGCACAGAUGUCCCCGUCCGCCAACGGCGCCUUUACUCCCGGCACCAUCUCGCUCCGGCGCACGCGCAGCCGCCUGGGCGAAAGCGUGACAAACGGCGACGAAGUCGAGGACGGCGGCGCCGUCAAAGCCGUCAUCACAAACGGCCGCAGAAGCACCCGCUCCUCUGCCAGUUCCCGCGGCAGCCUCGAUUUCAAGGGCAAAGGACGCGCGCUCCCAAUUGAAGAGGAGGAAGAGGAAGAGGAAGAAGAAGAGCAGCACCAGCCACAACAACCGCAGCAGCAGCAGCAUCAUGACCAUGACCACGACGAGGACGAGGAUAUCGAUGCUGAUGGCGACUAUGACGACGAGGGGCUCAUGGAUAUUGAUGCCGAAGGCGAGGAUGACGAUGAUAUCAUCAUGGCGGAUGCAUAAUCCUUUUCUUCAUUUUUCCUCUUUUCACAAAC